AACGUAAAAGAAAGGUAUUCCUAAUGUUGUGAUAGACUUUUAUUUAGAAAAAAGAUAAUUAUAAGAUGAACCAUGUUCCAAGCCAGAACACGUUUUAUUUUUUACAGGUUUUGUUUCAAAAUCAAGGAGCAAAAUGGAAGAAAAGAAAGGAGACAACAAAUGUGUUCCGAACACCUGGCACCUUGUUGCCGAACCCUGGAAUGUCUCCAUUCGGAACAAUGAAUGACGCUUUCUGCACCUUUCGUCCCACAGAUUCGAGAUGGUCUUCGAUUCCGAGUAUGACGUCAACAAUGAACGGAAACCCUCUUGCCCUCGCAUCCUCCUUGCCUCGACAAACAUCCCUGGGUCAGUCUUUUGGGUCUCAGGUCCCAUUCACGGGCCUCCAAGAAGCUUGCUCUACGAUUGCAAGCAACAUUUCAAUGCCAAAUAAUGGUGCUUCGCUGCACAGCACGUGCUUCGGUGUUCCACCUGUUAGCUGUGCUUCUCCUCUUUCAGCAAGUUCUAAUUCUCCGCCGAUUUCCCAUCCACAAGUGAAUUGUGGGAUGCAGGAAGUGGAAGAUGUUUGGAGGGGCACCAGUAUAGCAGAGCUGCGCAGGAAGGCUUUGGCGCAUACAGCAACGCUUUCAGGUUACAAGUGAAGACAUUUUCCCCAAGUAACACUUUAAAUUUGAAAUGCAGUGCAGUAUAGAGUGAAAGUUUUAAAUUAAAACAAAUGUACUGUUUAUUAUUUAUAAUUGAAGACCAUAUUUUAUUGAUUAGAGCUUUAUAUGUUUAAUGUAGGCUAAAUGCGACAUGGUCUUUAAUUGUACAAUGUAGAAGACAUCCAGGAAAAAAAAAACAACAAGCAUUUUUUGUGUACCUCUCUGACAAAAAGAUGGUUUAAAUUUAUUUAAAUGUCAAUUAGAUCUAUUAAGCUGAGUUGUAUUCUUAGCAGAAAGUUACUUCUAUUGGACAAAGGCUUAUGUAUUUUACUUCCAAUGAAAAACACAUAACUGAGUUUUUUUGUCAAACAGCUAAAAAUUGUACACAUAUGCUUAGAUACACUGUCUCUCUAUGGAUAUAACAUUGAUACUAAAUUCAACCUCCUCAGAAGGUUAAUGCUUGUUAUGAUGCAACGGAUAGAAAUACUAAUUACAUAUUAAAUAUACAAUUUGGAAUUUUUUCUUCUUUUUGUAAACUUAAUAUAAAAUGUUUUAUUUGAAAUUGUAUUAUCUAUUGCAAUAUUUUGCUUUUUUAUUACCUCGAUCCAUAUGCAUCUUCGCCAAGAAUACUUAGAAUUUCUUUUAUUUAUUUUUGUUUUUCAUCUAAUAUGUAUAUACAUUUUAAUUUUUGAUUUUCUUAAGGUAUGAGAAAAUAUUCUUCAACUGUUUCUUUAUCUUGGUAAGAUCGAAAAUAUUUAUUAUCAUUACAAGCGAAUUUAGAGUUUAAAAAGCACUCUGUAUAGUAGCAUAUUAUCAGAUAAUAUGUAUGGAAAAAGAUUUCUAAACUAGUUUCAAAAUGUAUAAAAAAAUGUUAUACAUGUCAAGUGAUUUAUAAUUAUUUUACUAAAAAUAUUUAAGAAAUCUUACUCAAACCCAGUUGAUAAACCUUAAUUCUUCUUGAGAAAUCUUGUUAAAGUAAUUUUACGUUCAAUCGUCACAAAUUUUAGUAGAAAAUUACUUGCACACACAUGUAUAAGAGGAACGUACAGACAAGCCUUGUAAUUGAAGCGCAUAUAGAACCAGAAACAAUGAAAUCCAAUACCAUUUAAGCUAUAAAAGAAGACUUUAUAUAUAUAUA